AUGUCGACAAAAGUCAAGGCAGACCUGACGAAGCCAAAGCAACCACAAGAGCCCGUGGAUGAUUCUGAGGAUGAUUCUCUACAAGAGCCAAUUCCGAUUCAAUCGAACGAGUCCAAGGGUGUGCCAAAGAAUAAGCUCUCUGCUACUGUCAAAGUAACAAGGCUCGCCAAUGCGGACGAGAAGUCGAAAGAUGUCGUUCUCGCGACUUUACAAAGAAAUGAGAUCAAUCAACUGUCACUGGCUCACAUAAGGCAAAAGAUCAAAUCGAUCGAUGAUACAGAGACUUUUUGCUUCAAAGAUCAGAGUCCAGCUGAUGACUCACUUCUCCUUGAAGAUUAUCUGCAGCAAUCCUUUGAUGGUGACGUUGACUUCACUUCCACAUACAAGCCUGCAAAGAAUGGAGAGCAAGAGAGCAUCAUUCACAAAUGCUUUCUCUACCUCCCGCCGCAACCCACAGCAGAAGCUCACACCAUGGCUAACAACUUGGCUCUCGCCAAAUUUGUUGUCAAGGUCUUUGAGUGGUCCGCGGGUGAAUCUGGCGUUGCUAGCCGUGGUAACCUCCAGUCUAGCAAGCUUGGUGUUCCUGACGCCACUUUGAUGACACUGGCGGGCCUUCGCAAGCAGCUUGCAACAUGCACAAAGAUGUCAGUAGCACCGAAAACUCACCAGUUCUGUACGCAAUCUGGUGAAACGGUUGUGGAUGAGGCCAUGACAUUUCCCGAUUACCUGUCGCUCGAGGAGACUUCAAGUGACACGAAUUCUGAACUCCCUUCUGUUCAUGUAUUUUACAAGCUAGCCCACCCAAAGAACGAACCCCCCAACAUCGAUCUUAGCAAUCUUCCCGGUAAACUAGAAGCGGCAGACACCAAGGUUAAGGAGAAUGCAUUCGAGAAUGGCAAAACCGCGAACACCUUUGAAUCUCGUGCACGAGCCUCCGAAUUGCCUGAGUUCGGGCAAGCCAGUACUGGAGCUGCUGAUAACGAUUAUGCCUUGCAUGCAUCCUACCUUACUGACUUGCAGUGGGCCGAGGUUCUACGUAAUUGUGGUGCUAUGUAUGGAUGGGUGGUCGACCGCCACAAGAAUAGAAUUGUCCGAGCUCCAAAGCCGGCAUUCCAACUGCGAGCCAAGCUCUCGGAAGAUGCAACCCAUGCCAUCCCGGACGUUGUCGAAAAGGCUCCGGAAUCAGAACCGGCAAAGAAGGCGCAGAUUACACAAGCUGACAUUGACGAGAUCAAGGCCAAAGUUGGGAAGUGGGACGCCAGAAGUGGUAUGAAGGGAGAGUUACCUGGCAUUACGGGCUCUCUCGGAGUAAAGCUGAUCACGGAAACUAGUAAAGAGGGAGACACAAAGGUUGCUACUAAGGAUGCAAGCACCGAGACAACAGAGCCAAUAGCCGCCCCCGCCCCAGGAUCAGAACCACAGGAAGCCAAGUCUCCAGUUGCCACCAGUGAACCAGUGCCUGGCAAGGCUGUAUAUACAGUCUUGCCGAGCUUUCAGGUGAACGAUGACUCCAGAAUUGAGAUUACUAUCAGUAGUCAUGAGUUUGAGACGAGCAUGGCUAGGAAUGACUUCAGCAAUCAUUCUACAGAAGGAUCAAUGUCAGGAGGCUUUGGAGGGUUUUCAGCAUCAGUUAGUGCAGGAUACAGUAAAGAAACCUCGAAAUCUACCAAGGAUACGACCAACACGUACAAGAAGACCAUGAUCGCCAAAUAUCUGCUACCUCGUGCCGACAUCUUGCUUCAUCCCACAGACUUGGAGCCUUCGCCCGAAUUCAAGGCGGCACUCGAGAACAUUCGCACCAACAAGAACAUCGCUGAUCUACGUAAGUUGAACGAAGACUUUGGUCAGCUUUGGUGUCAGCGUGUUACCGUCGGUGGUCGUCUGCAAUCGACGUCCAUCAUGACAGACGAGACGGUCACGUCUGAACAAGAGCAAAAGGAGGCUAUGAAGGUCUCUGUUGGUGUCCAGGUGACUACACCUUUCGGAGGUGGUGGUGUCAAACAUACCAAUGAGAACGGAAAAGCCGAGUCAAAGAGUACGGCAGAUGUGAAGAAGGACGAGAGCAACUUGUUUGAGGCGGUGGGAGGUGACACCAUCCUUGCAGCCAAUCCCACGGCGUGGUCCUCCACUGUUGCCGAUUACCGUACAUGGAGAGUCAUUGACCGUGACUCUUUAUCUUCUCUUGCAGACACCAUUUCCGCCAUUCCGGGUUACGCCCAAGUUCGCAGCUGGUUCAUGCAGGCGGUCCCUACCCUCUCCAAAUACAUUGAACUACCUCCAUCCCGUGAGAUCAAACUCAGGUUCAAGUUGACGGCCCCGACAAGCCAACUUUCUCUUUCCUAUCUCAAAAAGGUGGAGAAUUACGAUGCUGCUGGCGACCCGAUCUAUUACCUAGGUCACAGUACCGGAGCUGAUGUCAGACCUGUCAAGAACGAACUGACCAUCUCUAACAAUGCCUGGGCGCAGUGCGAUAUCACUGACGCUCAGCCGCUCUUCAGUCCUCAGAGCUACCGAGCCCCGGUAAUUAUGGGAUAUCGUUCAAACAUUGUGGGCGAUUCGGCAUAUGGUUCGCAGUACAACCAGGACUACACAAAUUCGCUCUGGAACGUGAGCGCGCCUUUCAACGAUGCGCUUGCACAUGGUGUCCUAGUCUGCAUUUCCACUGUCCCACUCCCGAAAUCGGCUCCCACUGCUGGUGCAGCAGUAUCAGCAGCCCCCGAUACACCGCUGUUCCUGGAAGUCUUCCGGAACCAACAAUCCGUCUUCCUACCUGGCCUUUCUGACUCGUCUGAGCGUCAUUAUUGGCGAAUCCUCAAGCAUGGUGCCAAGUCCAAUGGCGAGUACAUCAAAGAAGGCGAUGAGAUCUACUUUGCCUGGGCCUUUAAGGACCAGACAGGAGGGUUCCGUGACUUUGCGCAGGACGUCUUUGGUCGUAGACGACUGCAAUUCCCGGACAACCUGAAUGGCAAGGUUUUGUACAUGAAGCUCCCUUGGCCGAGGUUUGAACCUCUCGCCAAACCAACAAAUGGUAAAACUGCUGUGGCAAACACGAUGAUCUUGACGGAUGAUCCUAUCGCAUUGAACAAUACCCCGCAGAUGGCUUCUAUCAAGACCGCACCAGGCAUGAUGGCCGCGGCUCAGGCUCUCAGUCAGAGAAAGACUGCGACGGACGCAAGUGUCUUUGGCCUGCAGGAUGUAAGAUUUCGGGUCGACGUUGUCGGUAACGACGGCUACGGCGAUGUAGGGAAUUGCCUGCUGAAAGGUCUGGAGCAAGGGACAGAGAAACCGGUGGCGACCGAUCCCAAGGUCAAAGCCAUGCAAUCUCUCCUACAAGCGCAGCUGAAGUACUAUGAGGCUCUCAUGUUUCUCGGGGUGUAG